GACUUUGUCUAGCUUCUUAAAUUCCAUAUACACACUAUAUAUAUAUGUUCAGACUCUCUACUUCUAAAUUAUUGAUAUAUCAGAACUUCUCUUUUCCUUCCUUGUUAACAUUAAGAUGAGAACUUCCUCUCAAUCUCUCUUCCUUUCACUCAUUGUCAUUUGGUUCAUAUCUCUAACAGCUUUUGGAGCUACAACUAUUCACCCCGACGAAAAGAAAGCUCUUGAAGAUAUAGCUAAUUCACUUGGUAAGAAGGAUUGGAACUUCGACAUAGAUCCAUGCAGCAACAAUUCUAACUGGGCUACGCCUACCAUAUCGAAUAUCGUGGAAAACAAUGUGACCUGUAACUGUUCUGUUGCUGGUGACAACUUCUGCCAUGUUGUUACAAUAACUUUGAAAGGGCAAAAUCUCCCCGGCAAUCUCCCACCGGCACUGAGCAAGUUGCGUCACCUUCAAAUUAUUGACCUCUCUCGCAAUUACUUGAAUGGUACAAUUCCUAAAGAAUGGGGCUCUAUGUCGAAUCUUCUUAACAUUACUCUACCCGGAAAUCGACUAACGGGUUCAAUACCGAAGGAGAUUGCAAACAUAUCUACUCUAAUACAGUUGGAAUUAACUGCCAACCAAAUGUCUGGAAAUCUUCCUCCUGAGCUUGGGAACCUAGCCCAGAUUCUAACACUGAGACUUUCCUCUAACAAUUUUACUGGAGAACUACCUUUGACAUUGGCCAAGCUCACUACAUUGCGAGAUUUACAAAUUUCAGACAACCAAUUCUUUGGAAAGAUACCAGAUUUUAUUCAGAACUGGACAAAUAUCUAUUCACUAAUCAUUCAAGGGAGUGGAUUAAGUGGGCCAAUUCCUUCUGAAAUUUCACGUUUGAGAAACUUAACUGACUUGAGAAUUAGUGAUUUGAAUGGAUCUGAAUAUGCAUCUUUGCCACAGCUUAAAAAUAUCCCAUUGUUAAAAACUCUGAUUUUGAGGAACUGCAACAUCAAUGGGAAGCUACCUGAUUAUCUUGGAAAUAUGACAACAUUAAAACAUUUAGACCUCAGUUUUAACAAAUUAAGCGGAACAAUUCCGAUUUCCUAUGCUAUCACGAGCAGUGUACAAUACAUAUUUUUAACUGGAAACCUUCUCACUGGCCCAAUACCUCCUUGGAAAGCGAAGAUUAACGUAGAUCUUUCAUACAAUAACUUUAGCAACGACCAAGUGAGUCAGAAAUGUCGAAAUGAAAAUGUGAACUUGUUUUCUACGUCAUGGACAAGCAAUGACAUAGGAACAAUUUCGUGUCCGGGCGUUCAAUGUGACAAACCCGCAUACUCCCUUUAUAUAAAUUGUGGUGGAAUGCAAGCAACAGUCAAUAGAAAAGUUUAUGAUUCAGAUUCAGAUUCACCUGGACCAGCAAGAUUCCAUGUCGGUUCAACAGGAAAUUGGGCAUUUAGCACCACUGGUAUAUACAUGGAUAGUAAUCAACUUAGAGAAACUUAUCCCCCGCAAAAUAUCGCUACACUUACUAUGGUGGACUCUGAAUUGUACACGAAUGGACGUGUUUCUCCUAUUUCUUUGACUUAUUAUGGAUUUUGCCUGGCAAAUGGAAGCUACACAGUAAAUCUACAUUUUGCUGAAAUAAUGUUCACAGACGAUCAAACUUAUGCUAGUCUUGGAAGGCGUGUAUUUGAUAUCUACCUUCAGGGAAAGCCAAUGCAAAAGGAGUUUAAUAUUGCAGAAGAAGCAGGAGGAGUUGGUAAGGAAAUCAUAAAACAGUUCAAAGAUGUUGCUGUUACUAGUAGUACCUUAGAGAUCCGCUUAUAUUGGGCUGGAAAAGGGACACAGGCUGUCCCAAAUAAAUCAGUAUAUGGUCCUCUUAUAUCAGCUAUAUCAGUGGAAUCUGACUCUGCACCUGGAAGCAGUAUAUCCGCUGGAGCUGUGGUUGGAAUUGUUGUUGCGGCAAUAAGUAUUAUGAUUAUAGUAUUUGGUAUACUUUGGUGGAAAGGAUGUUUCCGAAAGAAAAACUCUUUAGCAAGAGAGGUGAUGAGUUUAGACCUACAAACGGGCUUAUUUACCUUAAGACAAAUAAAAGCAGCAACCAACAACUUUGAUAUUAACAAUAAGAUUGGAGAAGGAGGAUUUGGUCCUGUGUACAAGGGGCGUUUAUCCAAUGGAACAUUGAUUGCAGUCAAGCAACUUUCUUCUAAAUCAAAGCAAGGGAAUCGUGAGUUUUUAAAUGAAAUAGGCAUGAUUUCUGCUUUGCAACACCCAUAUCUUGUUAAACUCUAUGGUUGUUGUGUGGAGGGAGAUCAAUUGUUGUUGGUAUAUGAAUACUUGGAAAACAAUAGUCUUGCUCGUGCUUUAUUUGGUCCAGAGGAACACCAAAUAAAAUUAGAUUGGUCAACAAGGCAGAAGAUAUGUGUUGGUAUUGCUAGAGGUUUGGCAUACCUACAUGAAGAAUCGAGACUGAAGGUUGUUCAUAGAGACAUCAAGGCCACUAAUGUGUUGCUUGAUAAGGAUCUCAACCCGAAGAUAUCUGAUUUUGGUUUGGCCAAGCUUGAUGAGGAGGAUAAUACUCACAUUAGCACUAGAAUUGCUGGGACCUACGGAUAUAUGGCUCCUGAAUAUGCAAUGCAUGGUUAUUUGACAGACAAAGCAGAUGUUUAUAGUUUUGGAAUUGUGGCGUUGGAAAUCCUCAGUGGAAAGAGCAACACCAUUUAUCGGUCAAAGGAGGAAGCAUUCUAUCUUCUUGAUUGGGCACAUUUGUUGAAAGAGAAAGGUGACCUAAUGGAUCUAGUUGAUAGAAGAUUAGGUUCAGAUUUCAACAAAAAGGAGGCUAUGGUAGUGAUCAAUGUGGCUCUCCUAUGCACCAACGUCACUUCAAACCUUAGGCCUGCUAUGUCGUCGGUGGUAAGUAUGCUUGAUGGAAAGACUGUGGUUCCAGAAUUUGUUUCAGAUUCAAGUGAAGUAAUGGAUGAAAAGAAGUUGGAAGUAAUGAGGCAGUAUUACUAUCAGAUUGAAGAGAAAAACAUAAGUAAGUCACAAACACAAAGUCAGAGUUUAUCAAUUGACAGGCCAUGGACUGCUUCAUCUUCAUCAGCUGUAGACCUUUAUCCUAUCCGGAGUGAUUCUUCCUAUUGGGAGGAAAGAAAUUAAGAGUCUUUGUUGGUAAAUAAUUGUAUCUGUCAGCUUGAUGACCUGCAACUAUGUCAUGUGAUGAAUCCAUGAUGUAUAUCUUCAAAAGAAUUCUAUUACUAUAGUGUGCUAAUUCACUUUUAAGAGGCAUAGGUUUAUGUUUGAAUACAAAUAUCAACCUAUUAUUCUAAGUGUCAUGUUUAUUCAACAUCCAUUCUGUAGAAAGCAUGAGGAUACCAUAUAAAGGAUUAGCUUAGUAACCUUUUAUAUUUAAAGGGUUUAACUCUCUAUAGUGAGCUUUAACGUGUGUGAGAUUCAAAUAGAAUCUCACAAUGAGCCCACAGAAUAAAAAAAAAAAAGGAUCGGUGAUCGAUCAUAUUUUCAGAUU